AUUAAAGUAGGAAGACAAGCUGCUGUGCUGAGAUGGCUGAACUGCAGACAGAGAUCACAGCAGAGUGAGAGAGAGUGAAAGUCUGGACGCCAAAGAACAAGAAGGAGGAGGCCAUGUCAUGAGAGAGUGGGUGAGCGAGAGACUGAAAGACUGAAACACAGUUCAGGCAAUUGGAUGAGGAAGUAGUGAUGGUGAGUACAUGGGUGUGGUUGCUUAGCAGUUAGCCCAUCAGCCUUUCAGAAGUGACAUACAGAGGAAAAAAGCACUGGAUAAUGAGGCCGUGGAUGAAUCUCUGGACUCAGGCACCUCACAGGAUGGAUACUAAGAUGUAUUUGACUUCCUUGACCUUCUUCCUGCUCGUCAUGUCAAAAGUGUCAAGGGCUCAGACUCCCACAACUGUGGAUCAAAUGCAAUCUGUGAGCAACAUGGCAAACUCAACAAUGCCCGCUGCUCUGACUCCCACUGGAAGAAGAGCGGAAAGCAGAGUCACCAGAGGUGCUGACUCCUCCCCGGAAAGUCUCCCUGCUGAACAAACCACAAGCAAACACAUUAGCACCAGCAACCCUGUCUAUGUCAACACCACCACAUCAGAAAUUAAGAAUUCAACAGCUCCCAAUAAGGGAACAACAAAACCGCAAACAAAGCGCACCCCUCCUCCAGGAUCUACACUGACAUCCUCCCCAUCCAGUACUAAGAGACCCACCAUAGUUGCCUGGGAUCGAACUUGGGAUGAACAUUUCACCUAUGAUUAUGAGUCCCUGCGCUAUGCUGGACUGACCAUUGCAGCAGUACUUUUCAUUGUGGGCAUCAUGGUUGUUGGCUGUGGCAGGGUCUGUCGGCUGCCUAGCUGUCGCAAGAAGUCCUCUAAAACAUAUCGAGUGGUCCAAGGAUAAGGAGAGAGAGAGCAUGCAGACAUUGAUAAAAGUACAGAGCUGCAAGAAUCCAACCAGGAGUUCAUCAAGGGAAAAACACUCAACCACAACCUGGCAGCAUGUGUGUGAAUCUGGACUGACUGACUGUAUGCUGCUUGGUAACAGUGUCAUAUACUGUAGAAAAACACUGAAUAAACAUAGAAAACGUGAAUCAUUCUGACGAGUGGAAAAAACCUAGAACAAUCACACGCUU